GGGGCCAGCGGAGGGAUUCGCAGGUGCCCUAGGCUGCUCGGUUCCCGAAAAAGCCGGCGGGAGGGGAGAGAGAGCGGGACGGGGGGCUUGUGGUUAGAGGAGAGAGGCGCUUGGGUAGUCGGAGUUGAGACCAGCGGAGGUGUGGCAGAGCCGCGAGUCUAAGAAUGGCUUCCUUUGGAUGGAAGAGGAAAAUUGGUGAGAAGGUCUCAAAGGUCACUUCCCAGCAGUUUGAAGCUGAAGCUGCAGAUGAGAAGGAUGUAUCUGAGAACGAUGAAGGCAACUGGGUUCAUGCUGUUAAACGUAGGAAGGAAAUUCUCCUUGAAGGCUGUGCUGAAAAAAGUAAAAAGCUGAAGGAUGAAGGAGCCAGUUUAGCUGAAAAUAAAAGAUAUCGAGAGGCAAUUCAGAAGUGGGAUGAAGCGCUACAGUUAACCCCAGAUGAUGCUACCCUAUAUGAGAUGAAAUCACAGGUCCUAAUGUCUCUUCAUGAAAUGUUCCCAGCAGUUCAUGCAGCAGAAAUGGCUGUCCAGAGAAACCCACAUUCUUGGGAGUCUUGGCAAACUUUGGGACGUGCUCAGCUUGGAUUAGGAGAGAUAGUCUUGGCAAUUCGGAGUUUUCAAGUAGCCCUUCACAUCUACCCAAUGAACCCUGAAAUAUGGAAAGAAGACCUUUCUUGGGCAAGAACACUCCAGGAGCAGCAGAAGGUAGCACAGAGGAUUAAAAAAUCUGAAGCACCAGCAGAAGGGACACAUUUCUCACCAAAGUCAAUUCCUGACUAUGACUUUGAAAGUGAUGAGAUUGUUGCGGUGUGUGCAGCUAUUGCUGAAAAACAGAAGAUGGUUUCAGCAAAUAAAACAAUGGUUAUUGUAUCAGCUUCUGGGACUGUAGAGACUGUAACUGAGAAGGAGGAUGGUGCGUCACCACCAGAUGGCUCUGUCUUUAUCAAAGCCCGAUGAGGCGUGGUGGGAAUUAUUUAAAUCUCUUUUUGAUUGCCACUUGAAGCUAAUUUAGGUGUAGGGACAUUUACUGUGGAGGAGGAGGACAAACUUCCUGUUUGUAAAAUUAGUUUUUCAGAUGAGGCAUAUGCAAACUAAAUGGUAGAAGUAUUGUAUAGUGUUUGGGCUAUGCUUGGGUAAGUUUUGAUGAAACUUCUUAAGAUUAGAAAUCUGAAUACAGUGGUUUUAAUGAAUGAGCUUAAUUUGAUCCAGAUAUAUAAGUGACUACAUUUUAAAGACACAAAUUGAAAACUGGCUUCUUGAAUGUGAAAACUUGAUGGCCGGUGUUAUUAAAACACUGACUUGUUGACUUUGAUAUUAAGUAGUGAUUUCUUUCCCUCCUAGAAAUAUGACAGCUGUUACUAUGCACUCUUAAAGCUUUUUGUUUCAUUAGCGUGUGUCACAAAAUUGGAAUACUUUUCAUGUUUUAUUUUGAUUCAAAGUUGUCAUUUGGUUACCUGCAGAAUCUUUGAAAGUUCAGCUGAAAAUGCAUGCAUGCAAAUGUUUACAUUCGGAACAUUUUCAGAAGUUUCUUUUAAUUCUGAUUUGUACUUACGUUUGGACUUUAAAAUUAUUAUAACAAUAGUAAUUGCUGCUCUGAGUCCUUUAUAGAUGUGUGAAGUACUGAUAAAUGUUAGAAUGAUGCUUUUAUUUUUUGUUAUUAAAGUAAUCAAGUUGCUCUUACCAUAAGCAAGUCAUUUUUAAUAUGUACAUAUUUUUAAAAUGAAUGACUCUUAAUACAUCAUAAAAAAAUGAGUGCUAUAUUGUCCCAGACAAAAACAGUGUUUUCUUUUCCUAAUUUUUAAAAGUUUGAAGCCUUGAGAAUAACUUACAUCUUGCUUAUAGCUUUCCAGCUAAUGAGUUUGGAAUUGUUUUUCUAGGUAACUCUUGGAAAUACUCAAUGAAAUGAGAAAUAAUUUUAAGUGGCUAAAUUGUCUCUUUCUAAAAGUUAAAGAAACAGAAGGGAUGUUAGUAUUAGAGUAUGAAUGAGUGAAUAACUUAGGCACAAUAUACACAGACUCUGAAAUAUAAUUUAUUGCAAAGCUAUAAUGAAGACAAAUAAAAUCCCAUGAGUAGGAAAGGAUAUAUGGAAGAGAUCAUGCAUGGAAAGGCCACAAAUACAUCUACAAAUCAAUACUGUCAUUGUUAAUGUGAAUUACUAUUUUUAUACUACUUGUAUUGUAGUCAGUUAUAUAAAAGUGCUGGGUACUGUUUGUUCUGACACUCAGGAAGUUCUUAUUGGUGUAAAAUUAAUUUUACCUUUGUUAGAGCUGCAAGUAAAUUACUCUAUCUUAAGGACUCUACCUUGCCCUUUGGGACUGUGUGUAAGUAAUGGUCUACAUUUUUAGAGAGGAUUGGAUUUUUUUCCUUUUAUUAGAAUGCUUACUUUCUUUUUCAAAGUUGGAAAAGCCAGAACUUGCCAUGCAAAGUAUUAUUUUUCCUCCUAAGUUAUAUGGAACAGUCAGUUUUGAUUAAAACAGGUCAGUUUAGAGGCAUCAAAACCCCCUGUGAAUAUUAAUUAUAUAUAUUUUUGUUUUAAUAAGGGAUAUUCUCAAAAGGUAGAUGAUUGGGUGUCUAGAGACGUGAGCACUCAACAUUUGGUGUCUUGUUUUGGGUCAUGGGUAUUUGUUUCUAAUGUAUUCGUGAAUAAAUCUUUUCUGCAUUUUGAAGAUUUGCUUAUUUUGUGUUACUAGCUUUUGAAAAGUUUGAUGUAUUUAAAUUUCUUUUUGAUGUGAAUAUAAAAUAUGUAAAGCACCUUGUAUAUGGUAUGUCCCAUAUGAAAUAUUCAGUAGAUGCUAGCUAGUUCAGUGAAGAACUUGAGUUAUCUUGCAGAUAUACAACCUUUGUUUCUUUUGAUUUUAAGAAAGGAGGAUGAUGUCUGUAAUCUCUUCCUUAGGUGGAAGAGAGAAGUAACUCCUGCUGAUGUUAUAGCACAGAUGAUUAUAAGUUGGGGAUUGUUUCUUGCAGAAGGUUUAUGCCUCAUCCCCAAAAGAGUCAAAACCCAGAAUGGAGUGUAUGUAGCUACUAGAUUCUAUUCAGGAACCUGGUAUUUCCUCUGUGUUAACUUUGGAAAGCUAGUUUGGUCUGACUUUAAGGCAUCAAAGGUAAUUUAGACAUAAGGUGGAAGAGAAAAAGUGAAUUACAGAGAGGGAGGCCAGCUCACUUUUCCAUCCCCUGAUGGAAAGAGUUAGUGAACACUCAUAUAUGCAUGAAGAAAAAAAAUGUGUACAGUAUUUUAUAAGGAUAUGAUUGCUGAUAUGCAAAUCUUUACUAAGCUUAUUAACUGAUAAUAUAUCCUUUUGAUUUUGAAAGAAACAAUUGCUAUUCAUGAUAAAAUGUUUAACUUUCUGAGAUAACACUAAACACUAAAAUUAUAUUGAAUAUGAUGUGCAUUGUUCCUACUUGAAAAUUGUGUGACAUAAACACUCAUUAGGACACAUCCAGACUGAGAAUCUGAGAAUCACACUAUUCUCUAGACAGCAGGUUCUGAAAUUGUAGACUGUCUUAAAUGGCUAAAGAAAAUGCAACAUAAACACUGAAAGGUCAUGCUAGAUAGAGAGCAGAGAAUCCAGAUCUGUAUUUGGGGCUAAAGUAUGUAAAGUAGCUAAAGUAUGUAGGGCUUUUGAAUUGACAAAACUAUAAUGAACACUUGAAUAAAACAGCAACACCUUUGUCUCAGGAAGCUAAGUGUUUCCAUGAUUAUAACUGAUCAGUGGGGACUUUUUCAGGUUGAAAAUGCUUCAUGUAAUGAUACCAAAAUCUUGUUUCACCACCUUUCCAAACAGUAAGAAAAGAAUCACUUAAUUUCAGACUUCAUGAGUCAGAAACCCUUCUAAAUUCACCUGAACCAGCCAUUUUUGAACUUUGAUUUUGUGACCUUCAGGUAUCUAAAUGAAGUUAUGAGUUGACUCAAGAACCAUAGUUCCAUAAUUACCUUCAAAUUUAUGGAUAUUUAAAUCUUGUUUUUUCCUAAGAGAUUAUUAUUAAACUGAUGGUGUAUUUUGUAAUUGAUAGCAUUUUAGAUGGAGAAAGCAAAGUUUUUUUUAACCCAGUUAUAAAAUAUAGAAAUUAAUAAAUGAUUUACUCAUAACCAAAGUAAAUUAAAAUAAAAUAUGCCAUUUUAGUCACUUCCACUUAAGUAUGCCCACUUAAAUGGAAGUGAAGGGGUGACCCUAUAUUUAGUGUACAAUGAAGUGUGCCUUAAUGUGUGUUUUAUGUGAACUUCACCUGUUCUGUGUGCCAAGCUGAAAGAAAGUUUUAGAACUGCUGGUCUGGGGCCUCCCCUGGUGGCGCAGCGGUUGAGCGCUGGGCUGCGAAGCUGCCCGCGGCCUCUGCAGCGCCGGUUCGAUCCCCGGCUGCCAGGCGAGGGUCCCACAUGGCGCGCAGACCUCUCCUGCCGCCCGCUGCUCCCCUCAGCAGUGUACUUCGUCAGUCUGCCUGCUCUGCUCUCCCCUCUGGCUCUGGUGAAUUCUCUCACCCUCCCACGCUUCUGACUGUACCCAGUGCUUGUAUAAAUAAAUAAAUAAAUCUUUAAAAAAAAAAAAAAAAAAAAAGAACUGCUGGUCUGCAUUUUGUUGGGAAGGCAGAGUGUGGGAAUGGCUUCCUUUCUUUGGACAUACAUUGACCAAGGAAUUCUGAUCUCUCCCUUCUCUUCUCCCUCCCACUUCUCCAGGAAAAGCAAUGUGGGGGAAAGAACUGGACUUGCAAACCCUCUUCUCCCCCUUUUUUUGGAUUUGUCAUGCUUGCGGAGUGCCUGUGCUGUGUUUGCUUGCUAGACCUGCUGUGGGCUUUGCAGUGAAGGCCCGCCCCUCUCCCAGGGGACAUGUGCAGGACUGGCCUUGCCUUGGUGAGCAGGUCUUUCUAAUUUGGGGUUCAAUUAUUACAUGGCCAUUGUUGACACAGACCUAACCUGGCCUUAUUCUCAGUGAUAAUUCUGACAUUGAACCUGAAUCUCCAUCUGCCUGACUCUGUCUAUAGUUGCUCUAAAGUCAGGAAGAGACAGGGUAUUGUUUCAAGACUUCCUCACAUCCUAGCGAAGAUUAGUGCAGAUUAUAUUUCAAAGUUAGUAUGAGGCAAGUUAAAAUGCAAAUUGGGAAGAUUUUUUCUAACUUAAGGUUUUUAAAAAUGUAAAUAUAUUUAAAAUGGUUAAUGUUAAUUAUAAGGCAAUAUGUAAACUUUUGUUCAGAAUAUUUAAAAGGUCUACUGACUGGGAAUUGUGGCAAACCACAAUUUUGACUAUAGAUUUAAUUGGAAGGAAAGAAUAUGAAACAAAUCAUGUUUUCCACCCACCCUGUCAACCUUUUUUGAGUAAUUUGCUUAUAAUAAAACAUCCAUUUUAAGUUCACAGUUUGAGGAAUUUUAACAAAAGCAAGUACUCAGAUAAUCAACAGUACCAUGAAGAUGGAGAAUGUUUUCAUUACUAAUUAAGUUUGUAGUGUUAAUUUGCCAUUAGUUCCCCUUCCACUCUAACAAUCAGCACUGUUCAAUUACUGACCUUUUCUUCUGUGACUAUAAAUUAGAUUUGACUUUUCUGGACUUUCAAGUACAUCGUACAAUAUGUACUUUGUGUGUGACCUUUUUUGCUGAGCAUAAUAGUUUUACAGUACUUUCAUGUUACUGUGUAGAUCUAAUAUGUUCCUUUUCGUUGCUAAGUAUUAACUCUAUUGUAUGGAUAUAUCACAUUUGUAGCUAUUCAUAUCGUUAAUGAAACAUUUAGGUUGUUGAUGAUCACCUUAGUUGAUCUACAUGAAUAAAGCUGCUAUGUAUAUACAUCACAAAUCUGUGUGUGGAUAUAUGCUUGUACUUCUCUUGGGUAAAUACCUGAGGAUGGACUUGCUUUCGUCUUACAGUAAGUCUAUGUGGAACUUUGAAGGAAACUGAAGCUUUUACAAAGUAUUGUAUUAUUUUGCAUUCCUAUCAGCAAUAUAUUAAACAAAUUUCAUUUGCCCCAUAUCCUUGUGAAUUCUUGGUGGUAUUACUCUUUUUAAUUUUAACCACUUUCGUGGUUGUAUGGUGUUAUCAUCGUUGUUUUAAUAUGCAUUUCCCUGAUGAUGCUGAACAUAUUUUCAUAUGCUUAUUUGACAUUUAUAUAUCUUCUUUUGGUAAGUGCUUGUUCAAACAUGUUGCCUGUUUUUCAUCUGGCUUAUC